AUGGAUACGAAAAAGUCAUGCAUAUUCGUGGCUUACCUUCUUAUAUUCUUCUCCAUAGGAGCCACCUUUGUCCAAGGUCCAGGUAAUGGUGGCAACAAUGGAAACAGAAACGGCAACAACAACAACAAUAAUAAUCGAAAGAAGUUGCCUAACGACGCUGCUUCAACCCAUUACCGCACGUUGAAACCGCUACCAGGGACGGAGGAGGAACAAGCUCUCUGCGGAGCUAGAGGGGCUUGUUACAACACGAUCCUAACGUGCCCAGCUCAGUGUCCUCAAAGGAAGCCCAAGAACAACAGGAAGAGAAAGGGAUGCUUUGUUGACUGCAGCAGCAGGUUUGUUGGUGGUGAUGGUGUGAUGUUCUACUUCCAUGGAGCCAAGACGGGAGACUUUACUAUUGUCUCAGAUGACAACCUACACAUCAAUGCCCACUUCAUUGGAACCCGACCGGAGGGGAGGACUCGUGACUUUACAUGGGUUCAAGCCCUCUCAGUGAUGUUCGACACUCACACUCUUGCCCUUGCAGCAAAGAAAAUCUCGCACUGGGAUGACAACUUUGAUGCUCUUGUUGUGAAGUGGGAUGGUGAGACAGUUAUCGUCCCUAUGGAUGGCGAGGCGGAAUGGAGGAUUACACUGGUGGAAUUGGAUGUGAAAGUGACACCGAUAGGAGAAGAAGACAACCGGAUUCACAGUUACCGGUUACCGGCCGAUGAUGCUUUUGCUCACUUGGAGACACAGUUCAGGUUCUUCAACCUAUCAGAUCUUGUGGAGGGAGUUCUGGGUAAGACUUACAGGCCAGGCUAUUUCAGCCCAGUCAAGAGAGGAGUUCCAAUGCCUAUGAUGGGUGGGGAGGACAAGUACCAGACUCCAUCUCUCUAUUCACCUCUCUGCAAGGCCUGCAGGUUUCAUAGACCAUCUGGAGUAGCUACAAUGGAAUUAUCUCAAUACUGA